CUUCCACAUCACGUCAUCAUGUUUCCAGGCUGUGCAGCUCCUGUGAGAGGCGAGCAAGAGUAGUUUUAUGCUUGCAGAGACGUGCUGCUCCAGGGGUGGGCAAACGGGUUCCAUCCACACACAGUGUUGCCUCCAUUGUCCAGUUGAGUGUCUUCCAUCUGCACAACGCAGAGAUGUCAGGAGACUUUCUGCAGCGACUCGGCGGCUUCAUCCCAAGCGCAAAGCACGUCGGCCAACUCCCCAGACUUUCCGACCUGGUUUCUUCCUCCCUGCCUCUGCCCGCCCCCACUGUCGUUUCCUCUCAAGUCCCCAGCUUGUUUCGGGAACCGUACAUCGUGUCGGGGUACCGUCCCGUCCAUCAGAAGUGGCACUGUUACCUCUUUAGCCUCGUCCAGAGACACAACGAAUCCCUCAAUGUGUGGACUCACUUGCUGGCGGCUCUCGUGCUUGUACGGCGGUGGUGGGCUAACAUAGGCACCCUGGGGUACACCUUUGCUGCAGCCUUUCUGCCAUUAUGCCUCUUUUUUGUGUCUUCGCUUACAUAUUUGUUCCUCAGUGCGGCAGCUCACCUCUUUCAAUCUCAUUCUGAGCACGCACACUAUUUCCUCUUUUUCAUGGACUACGUGGGUGUGGCUGUUUAUCAGUACGGAUGUUCCCUCGGACAUUAUUUUUACACAUCCGAGCCAGCGUGGAGAGACAGCUGCGUCGGCUCCCUGUUCCUGCCCGGCGCUGCUUUUUUGGGGUGGCUUUCCUGCGCUGGCUGUUGUUUCGCCAAGUCCAGAUAUCGGCGGCCGUAUCCCGUGGGUCGUAAAAUCUGUCAGCUGAUCCCCACCGCUCUCGCGUACGUGCUGGGCAUCAGUCCUGUGAUUCACCGGCUUUCAACUUCGACCUGGUUGGAGGAGCCCUCGCUGCCUUUCCAUGCCCUCCAGAUAGCCUCUUUCCUUUUGAGCGCCAUCUUCUUCUCUUGCCCCAUACCCGAGCGCUUCUUCCCAGGCCGCUGUGACUUUCUGGGCCAAGGUCAUCAGAUAUUUCACGUGUUUUUGUCCCUGUGCACACUGUUUCAACUUGAGGCUCUCUUCCAGGACUAUGUCAGGCAGAGGGAUACAGUGGUGGAGACAUUCGGGGAGAGUCAGCUGUGGUGUGCCUGUAUAUCCUUCCCCGCCCUGUUCUUGUGUUGCAUUUUGACAGCACUUGUAACAAUGAGGCACAAACAGAAACAACUGCAGGGUCGGAAAGACCGAGACAGUUAAGUCGUGUGUGUAUAACUAGACUCGGCAAACAAGUGAUAUAAAAACCAGUAACGAAAUGCUAAAUAAAUGCUAAGUAUCACAACAUAGUUCCAGGCGUGUCGAUGUUAAUUUGACAUAUCCCAAAUGUUUCACAGCUGAUUCAAGGAAGAAAUAUUUGGCUUAUUGCAAUGCAGACUUGCAGAAGACUCAUUAAAGUUUUCCUCAAUGAAUCAUAGCUACCGCUGCUGCUGCUUUGUUGCUGUAUAAAACCAACUGACAUAUAUGUUUGAUGAAUUUAAGAGAAUCCAUUUAAAAAAAAAAAAAAAAAUUCAUCAAUUGCCCACCAAAAAAAUAAAAAGUAGCAUUGGAGUUUUCCUAUUAUUAUUAUUUUAUUUUUUUUUAAGUGGGAUUUUCAUGAAAAACUGGAAUGUUGUGGAGGGCCACACCAACAUGCUAACCUCAGUCGUGUUCAGUAUUAUUUGACGAAAAUAAGCAGUCAUAGCAUCACAGUGUAUAGUGGUUAGCACAUCCGCUUCACAUUUCUGAGGUUGGAGGUUCGAAUCCGGGCUGCAGCCUUCUUGUGUGGAGUUUGCAUGUUCUCGCUGUACCUGCGCGGGUUUACUUUGAGUACUCUUAUUUCUUCCCACAUUCCAAAAAACGUGUGGUAGGUUUAUUGAAAACUCUAAAUGGCCCUUGGGUGUGAAUGUGAGUAUGAACGUUUGUAUACGUGCGGUACGGUGGCUGAGACAGGCCACAACAAAUUUUGCUGGUAAUAAGUGCUGUUGUACUGUGUUAAGUUAUAGAAGCUCUCAAGUCAAAAGCAAUUCAAUCUGGUAGACUGGUCAGCCUUGGAUAGAGUGCAAAAUAUUUAUUCAUUCAAUUUCCUAUAGGAAAAAUUGUGUUUGAAAAGUCAGACUGUUAUCAUCAACUCAAAAGCAAUGUAUUGUUUGAUGUUACAAUAUGUUUAGUUUGCUGUUGUGUGGUCUUUGUCAUCCCCCCCCCCCCCCCCCCCCCCCCCCCCCCCCCCCUUGGCAUCACUAGUACCUUAUUGUGGUGACCACACACAAAAAGCCAAAGAAAAAGCUAACAUACUUGAGUGUUUAUCUUUUAGAUCAUGGGUUCUCAACCACAGGACUAACACAAUUUUAUUUUAAACCACUUUUGAAAGAGGACUUGUCUACAUGUAACGAUAGCUUACUAUGAUGAACGCAUUUUUGUUCAACUCAACCACAAUCGUAGUUUAAUUGUGUGUGUGUGUCAGCUCAGGCACAUUUUUUCUCAGUGUUCUGCACAAAUGUUCAUUACCCAAGUUUAUUAACACUUGGUUUAAUAAAACACAA